AGAAUCAAAUCCAUACUCUCCAAAUCCUCACUCUUGUCCCUUUAAAUAACCAAAUAUAUUGCGCCUUUUCCUUUCUUUUCCUUUUCCUGUUUUCUUCCUCAAAAACUGAACUUCAUUGUGGUAUCGUUUCUUUUUUAUUAUAUCCAAGAUCUCUCAUCCCCAGAUCAAAGCUCCUUAUUCUUAUCCUCUUAUUUCUGAUCUCUGAUUAUUAAUCCUAGUCUUAUCUCUCUUUUUUUUUAGUCUGUCCUAGUCUCUACCUAUUCUCUUUGCCUUUUGUCUUAUCUUGAUCCAUUUAUAAACACUCGAAUUCUGUCCCUUAACAAUACUGUCACUAUUAUCAACAGCACCCUCAAUACUCUUUUCAACAGUCUUCACCAACCACUCUUCAAUAGCUAUUAGUAACCAUUCAUAACCAUACACAAUAAUGUCCACCGAAACUCCAAAAGAAUCAGCACCCGCUGUUGAUCCAACUCCAAUUGUUCCUCCAAAGGAACCACAAUCUUCUGACUUCAAAGCCACUGUUUUGCCAUCUUCUGAAGGCCAACAAACAACUUUAGCUGAACCAGGAAUCUUUGUUCCCGAAAACCCACACGAGAUCAAAGCUUUUUCUGAAUUUUCUACUUUAGAUCCAAAAACUUUAAACGAACCUGAAAUAAAGGAAUCCCCAAAAGUUGAAGAAACCAAACCAGAAGAGCCAAAGGUUGAAGAGCCAAAAGUCGAACCUGUAGAAAAAGUCGCUCCAAAAGUUGAAGAACCAAAACCAGAAGAAUCAAAGCCCGUUGCUGUUGAGCCCGUAAAGGAAGAGGCUGAACCAGCAGUCGUUCCUCCUGCUCCUGUUGAAGAACCAAAAAAACAAUCUGUUGUCUCUAAAACUGAAGAAAACUUGAAAAAGAAAUUUGUCCUGAUCAAAAAAAAAAUCGUCAAGGACAAAGAACCUGUUGCUUCCACUGAGCCUGUGACUCCUCCAUCUGAAGAAAUUAACACUACCACACCAUCUACUAAUCCAACUGAAUCUUCUCCUAAAUCAAAGAAAUUAUCAACUUUUGUAGAAAAAUUAAAACCACACAAGAAAGAACCCAUCGUUGUUGCUCCUGUUGCUGCUGAAGAACCAGCUUUACCUGUUGCUGCUGAAGAAACUCCAAAAUCCGCUGAAGAACCAAAAGUCGUUCCCGAACCAAAGGUUGAAGAAGAACACAAACCAGAAGAACCUAAAGAAUCCGUCAAGGAUAAAUCAAAGAAAUUCUUAUCUAAAUUCAAAGCUGAAGUCGCUAAGCACACUCCAGAAAAGAAAGAAGUAGCCGCAGUUGAAAAACCAGCUGAAGAAAAACCUCUUGACAAAUCUGUUGAAGAGAAAAAACCCGAAGAACCAGUUGUUGCUCCACUUACUGAAGAACCUAAACCAGUGGCAGAUGAACCAGCCAAACCAACUGAACCAGAACAUAAAAAGGGUGUCUUCACCAAAUUAAAGGCUGAAAUUGCUAAACAUACCCCAGAAAAGAAAGAAAAAAAAGUUGUUGAAUCAAAAUCAGUUGAUCCAGCCAAACCAGUUGAGUCUUCUGAGCCUGUUGAACCUGCCGCUGCUGUUGUUGAAACCCCUGAAUCCUCAAAGAAAGACAGCACCGACGAACCUUCAAAAGCUACUGAAGAACCCGUUAAAGCUGAAAAAAGAAAGAGCUAUUUUGGUAAAUUAAAGGAAAAAGUUAUCAAAUCUCCUGAAACAAAACCAGCUGACCCAGCCGAACCUGUUCCAGAAUUAACACCAGUUGCUGUCGCUGAUGAAGAACCAAAAAAAGAAGAGAAGAAAGACGUUAAGCCAGCUGCUGAACCUUCUUCUGCCAAUUCCAGCGAUGAAGUUAUUAAAACUGAACCAGCUGCUAAACCAGAAAGAAGAAAGAGUGUCUUUGAAAAGAUCAAAUCUGAAUUCGCUAAACAUCAAGAAAAGAAAGAAAAACCUGUUGAAGUUAAAAAAGAUGUCCCAGUUAAAGAAGAACCGGAAGUUGCUCCUGAAGUUGCUCCAGCUGUUGUGACUCCAGCUGUUGUUGCUCCAGCAGCUGUUGAUGAAUCAGCCAAAACUCAAGAAGCUCCAAAAGUUGAAGAACUGGUCAAAGACGGAGAACCCAAGAAGGAAGAAAAAAGAAAGAGUUUCUUAGGAAAUUUCAAACACAUCUUUGAAGACAAAGCUAAAACUAAAGAAACUCCAAAGAAAGAAGAACCAACUAAAGAUGCUUCAAUCGAAGAACCCGCUCAAGUAGAAACCAAAAAAGUUGAUGCUGAAGUUGAAACCAAACCAGAACCAAAACUAGAACCAUCUGUGGUUGAAGAAACUCCAAAAGAAACACCUAAGGAAGCUACAAAGGAAGCUGACAAAGCUGAAGAACCAGCUGAAGAAAAGAAAACCGAAGAAGUUCCAGAUAAAAAAAACAAAAGAAAAUCAAUCUUAGCUAAAUUCAAAGAAAUCUUUUAAUCUAGUUUGAUUGAACUCGUUCGUUGAAUAAUCAACAUACUUGAAUGUUUGCUUGCCUGCUUGUUUCUCUCGUUAUUUUUAUUCUUUCUCCUUCUAUUGACUUAUUUUUUACUGAACUAAUCCCUUUUUUUAUUCAUUUGUUUUGUUUUAUUCUAUGGAUGAUAUUGAUUUGGUAUUGAACUAAUUUUUUUAAACCAGUUUUUUUUUUUUAAUUGUUAACUUUUGUUGUUUGUUUUGAAUAUUGUUUUUUUGUUGUUUUUGUCCCUUGAUAUCUUAUUUAUUCCUGUUGAUAUUUCAACUUCUUAAUCACCUAAUUACUUAAUACUUAAUCUUAAUCCUAAUAAACUCAGUAUACUUAGUAAUUCUCUGAAUCUCUCCAACCUUG